CUACAACUCUCGAGAAGCAAGGCCCUUGAGGGACAUCUGUCAUGGCAUUAAAAGGCUCAGGCAAGCCAGCAAAGAAAGUACAUAAAGAACAUCUGCCGAACAUAUCGUCUCUGGAUCACAAGAGCAAUAGCAACGAAUUUCUUCAUAGUCAUCGACAAGAACACAUACACCUCAUUACACAUAUCCCGCUCUACAUCCUUGUUGACCUACAAGACGAAAUGCCUUCCGACCACGCCACCACCACGCCCAGCAACGCCGAUUGCGCCGGCAGCACCUAUACCGACACUGACUCUGUGUGGUCAUACGACGCAAAGACCGAGAAGGCCUCUGGUUCGGCCACCACCAGAAAGCAGUCCGCUGCUGCCACGGACAGCAAGCUGACGCCCGAGCAAGUCGCCAAGUUCAAGAAGACGAGCAUGGAGAACGUCUUCCGGAUCAUUGGUUAGAACGCUGCAAGGAAACAUGACGAUCUUUCCCUCGGCAGUCUUUCAUACUGGGGCAUGGCGAUGCGCCCCAGCUCCAGAUCUGGCGCGCGGAAUGACUCCUUGGGGAGAGACACUUCUGGUUGUUUAUGUUUCAUUGUUGAGAGGUAAAUGCUGAUUUAAGUCAAGAAUUCUGAUGCAUAGCAGAACAUGGUCUGCCUCCCAUGAGGAUCUGUAAUGGCAGCCAGAUGCGGAGUCAAGCAUUAUUGUGAUGAGGUUGACAUGAAGGAGGGCUAGGAGGUUAGGUGAGAAAGCAAGGGGGACGGAUAACGAAAACUUAAAUUGAGAGAAAAGAGUAGAAAAAAAAGUAUAAAACACAAUAAAUCGUAUACUUUCUCCGCGGAAUACCUGCGGAGAAUGGAAGAAACUAUGCCGAACGCCAUCGUGUACCUCAUGAACUUCAAGCAAACCAACCACGUAUGACGAUACUUACG